GAGUGAAUAUUAUAAACUAAUCAGUCACACAGUGACAAAACAAAAAGUGGUGCACUAUUGCCAAAAUCCACGGACUUGAAUCCCGGCGUGGUGAACAGUGAUGAUAGAUUCCAGAAGUACAUUGUCAUCGUGCUGAUCCAACGUUAUUGACAGAGGUUUGUGUUGACACACAAAUGGAACUGAAACUACUCCUAACGGUUUUAUUGAUUCGGUCUGCAACUGUUGCGGCUGAUUACAUUCGACCUCCGCCUCGAAAAGCUUUGCAUCUUCCAUGGCAUUCUCAACCCUCCUCUUAUCCUCAACAGGUACACAUUUCUUUAGCAGGAGACCAGCACAUGAGAGUUACUUGGAUUACUGAUGAUAAUUCUGCACCUUCAAUUGUAGAAUAUGGAACACUGCCAGGGCAAUAUGGCUCUGUAGCUGAAGGAGAGACCACCUCGUACAGUUAUGUGUUCUAUAACUCAGGAAAGAUACACCAUGCCGUUAUUGGUCCUUUAGAACAUGAUUCUGUGUACUAUUAUAGAUGUGGUGGACAAGGUGCCGAGUUCCAGCUCAGAACUCCUCCAGCUCAACUUCCAAUCACUUUUGCUGUGGCUGGGGAUUUGGGUCAAACUGAAUGGACUAAAUCAACAUUGGAUCACAUUGACCAAUGUAAGUAUAAUGUUCACCUACUUCCAGGAGACCUAGCAUAUGCUGAUUACAUCCAGCAUCGAUGGGACUCCUUUGGUAGGCUAGUGCAGCCACUUGCUAGUGCAAGACCAUGGAUGGUAACACAAGGGAACCAUGAAGUAGAAAGCAUACCUUUGUUAAAGGAUGGGUUUGUGUCCUAUAAUUCCAGAUGGAAAAUGCCAUUUAAGGAAAGCGGAUCAAAUUCAAAUCUCUUUUAUUCAUUUGAAGUUGCAGGUGCUCACAUUAUCAUGCUUGGGUCCUAUACAGAUUAUGAUGAAUACUCUGAACAAUAUAGAUGGCUUAAGGAAAAUCUUUCAAAGGUGGAUAGGAAAAGGACACCUUGGUUGCUUGUGUUAUUUCAUGUGCCGUGGUAUAAUAGUAACACUGCUCAUCAAGGUGAAGGCGCUGAUAUGAUGGCAGCUAUGGAGCCAUUACUUAAUGCUGCUAGCGUCGAUUUAGUUCUUGCUGGUCAUGUGCAUGCUUAUGAACGCUCGAAACGUGUAUACAAUGGAAGAGUUGACCCUUGUGGUUCAGUCCAUAUAACCAUUGGUGAUGGAGGAAACAAAGAAGGCUUAGCUCAUAGAUAUAUAAAUCCACAGCCAAUAUGGUCAGAAUUCCGUGAAGCCAGUUUUGGUCACGGCGAGCUAAAGAUUGUAAACUCUACCCAUGCUUUCUGGAGUUGGCACAGGAAUGACGAUGAUGAGCCGGUAAAAUCUGACGAUAUCUGGAUAACCUCUUUGAUCAGCUCAGGAUGUGUUGAUCAGAAGAGAAAUGAACUCAGGAAUAAACUUAUGACUCCUUAAAAUCCCCUGGUCUUGUUAUUCCUCAACAACAGAUUAGCAAGAGUUUGGUCUUGAAUGCAAAUCAUGAAGCAAUGCCUCAUAUUAGUACUGGCACAGUAGCAACUUGAUUGGUUUGACCUUGUUUAUUCGAGGGAGUGAGUAAACUGUGAUAUUUCAGUUCUUGUCUUUACAUCUUUCCCUGUAUUUAGUCUAAGUACAUAUUCUAUUGUCUUUACAUCUUUCCCUGUAUUGCUUGCAUUUUCUAUUGUAUUUACUAUAAAAUACAUGGUUUAUAAUUACAUAUAAAAAUAGCUUGGGCUUUUUUCA